AUGUAUGAUUCUAAUCCUCAUGUUACAUAUCAUCCCGAAAUCAAGAUAUUAGAGACAGUUAUCAAGAAAAUCGAGCAAGAAAUUAUCGAUAUUAAAGUUUCACACAAGAAUUCUCCGCACGCGUUAAGAUACAGUUCGUUUCUUGCAAACAUUUUGGGUUUAAUCGAGUCUGCAAAGUUUGAGGAAAACGAGGUUGAUGGAUUACCUGAACGUGACGUGAACCAGUCGAACUCAAACUCGGUUCAACCGGUUCACGUCUCGCAGGAUUUCUUUCUAACAGAAGAAAUCCGGAAAUAUGUUCGGAUGAAACCGAAUAGAUUAGGAAAACAAAACUUCAUGGGCGCAAACGGGACAUUCACAAGCAUAGGACAUGCGUGUUUCUCAAUGAAACAAGAGCUCGAAGAGUAUAUGAAUUAUGAUGUUGGUGACAUAUGCAACGAUGAUUGGAAGUUGGCUCAACGGUUAAUGGUGCACGGGUGUGACCCAUUGCCAAGAAGACGGUGCUUCUCACGAGCCCCACGGUUCUACACCGAACCGUACCCAAUCCCCGAGUCCAUUUGGAGACUCCCAGAUGAUAAAAACGUCCGAUGGAGUCAUUACCGAUGCAAAGGUUUUGUCUGUCUUGCUGCCAGCAAAACAGGCAAAGGUUUCUUCAAAUGUGCAGAUUGUUUCAAUCUGACACAUCAUGAAAUGCCGAGAUGGGUCGGACCCCUUUAUCUGGGUCCGACCAACUCAACUCCAGACUUCCUGAUCACAGAAAUUCUAGACCUGAAGCCCGGCGAGAUACGUAUCGGUCUUGACUUUAGCGUUGGAACGGGUACUUUUGCUGCUAGAAUGCGGGACCACAAUGUGACGAUUGUCUCUGCUACGAUAAACCUUGGGGCGCCUUUUAGUGAAAUGAUUGCGCUUCGUGGACUUGUACCAAUCUACAUGACGAUAAAUCAACGGCUCCCGUUUUUUGAUAACACGUUGGAUCUGAUCCACACAACAAGGUUUCUGGACGGGUGGAUCGAUUUCGUGCUAUUAGAUUUUGUACUAUAUGAUUGGGAUAGAGUACUUAGGCCCGGAGGGUUGUUAUGGAUUGAUAGUUUUUUUUGCUUAAAGGAGGAUUUAGAGGAUUAUUUGGAGGGUUUUAAGAUGUUGAGGUACAAAAGGCACAAGUGGGUGGUUGUACCAAAGGUUGAUAAAGAUGAUGAUAGAGAGGUUUUCUUUUCUGCUGUUUUGGAGAAGCCUCCUAGGCCUUUCUAG